AUGGUCACCUUUUCCAUCCCUGGCGACGAUGUUGCCGAGACGACUACUCCUCGCUCGCGUCCUCCGCUGCCCUUUGCCAAGCGCGCCUAUCCCUCGUCCCCUUACCACACGGCGCCCAGGCGCCUGGGCGCGUCCCAGGGCGCCUCUUCGCGAAAGACCCUGACGACGCGUGACGAUGUCCCCGCUAGCAGCCUGGGUCGCAGCUUGGGCAGCUCCAGCAAUAUUUUCCGAGCGUCCACGGUCACCGACAGCCCGACCGUCAACUCCUUCUCCCCCAGCCUCCCCCAGACCUCCAUCAAGAGAGUGUUUGCGCCCGGCGCGACCCUGGAGCCCACGCGUGUCCAGCGCGAGUCCAUCGCACAGGCCACCCCCCGUGGCGUCGCCGCCAGGGAAAAGGAGAAGGACCUCUUCCACAUGCGCAUCCCGUCGCCGCCGCGCGAGCUGACGGGCGAGGUCUUGGCCAAGAAGGUGCCCAAGGAGUGGGACCCCAAGGGAUCCAUCUACGCCGACCAGUUCCUCGGCCAUCUGUGCCCCCCGGACCUCGACGACGAGCAGCGCCGCCAGUUCUUCUGCAUCCUCGACCUCCGCCGACUAAAGUACGCCGCCGACGAGAUUUUCUGCAGCAAGAGCUGGAAGCUCAACGUCAUCAACUUUGCCAAGGAGUUUGAGAAGAGCAGGAGCAUCAUCCUCCUGCACUACGGCCUCUAUGAGUUCCAGAACGUCAAGCCGUCCAAGGAGCUCAUCAAGCGAUGGCGCCGCGAGCACGGCCUCCCGCCCCUCGACGACGACGAGCCCGAAGCCUCCGCCACCCCCGCGGCCAAGACCACCUCAACCAAGAAGAAGCGCAAGGCUGCCGAUGACGGUGGCCAGGAGCUCCAGUCCGCUGCUGCCGGACAGGGCAAGCGUCGUGCGACGGAGAGGGACGAUGUGGCCGAUGAGCCCCAUGUCCCCGCUCCCGCUUCCACCCCUAUUCCCGCUUCCGCUUCGGCUCCCGCCUUCCCUGCGCCCGCCCCAACCCCCGUCCUCGGCAAGAACAAGAGGUGGCAGUCUGAGGACGAAGGUGCCGACUCCCAGCCUAACAAGAUCCAGAAGCAGCCCUCCAGCGCGAGGUCCCUGUUCGAGAAGGCCGCCAACAAGGCCUCCACCACGCCCACUGCUUCGCCGUCCAAAGCCUCUGGCAGCCUCUUCACCGGCGGCAAGCCUACCAGCAGUGACUCGCUCUUCCAGUCUGUCCUCAAGAACAACGCCAAGACGGAUUCUGCCCAGGCUGCUGCCCCGGGUACGGCCAGUAGCGGCGCCGGCAACAUCUUUGGUCACCUCUCUGGUAAGACUGGCUCUGCUGCGGACCAUGACUCUGACGAGGAGAACAAUGAGCCGCCGGCCAAGAAGGCAGCCCCCGGCAGCGCUGUCGAGGCGUCUACCCCUGGCGACAGCAUGUCGGGCCGCAGCCUCUUUGACCGCGUGUCUAAACCUAGCGAUGCCGCGCCAUCUGAGACACCCGCUGCUGCCCCCCCGAAGGACCAGACUUGGAACCCCAGUACGACGCCCAUCAACGUCGGUGCUGCUGCCGCGCCCGGCGCAGGAUCGCUGUUCGGCCAGAGCUCCACCCCUGCAGCGACCUCGGCCUCGAACCUCUUCGGUGCUGCGGCCCCCAAGGGCGACAAGCCCGCCGAGACGGAGGCCAACGGCAAGACUGGUACGGCUGCUGAUAAGGACGGAAGUGAAUCCGACAAGGAGAACGAUUCCCAAGGUCCCAACGAAGCGCCCCUGCCUGCCAAGCCCGCACCAGCGUUUGGUAGCUCGUCUCUCUUCGGCCUGACGAAGCCGACCACUGAAGCGUCGAAGCCGGCUACAUCCGCGACCCCUAGCCUGUUUGGUAAGCCAGCCGAAUCCUCCACGGCCGCUACGCCGAACCCCAUGCAGUCGUCAACCCUGUUCGGAGCGAAGCCCUCCGAAAGCGAGAAGACGGCAUCGGCUGAGCCCUCCAAGCCGCCGGCUAUGUCCCUCUUCGGUGCCCAAGCUACGACCAACGGGACAGGCUCUGCCAGCUCGCUGUUCGGCGCCAAGCCGGCCGCCAGCACCCUGUUUGGCAACAACAGCGCGUCGACGCCUUCUCCGGCCAGCUCCCUCUUUGGUACCAACGGCGCCGCCAGCCAGGGUGCACCUGCCAAGCCCGAUACCCAGUCGGCCCCUAAGCCUUCGCUGUUUGGUCAGCAGCAGCCCUUGUCACCUCCUUCCAACAGCGCGCCUGCGGCCGGCGGCUCCAUGUUUGACGGAAGUCCCAUGAAACAGGAUGACAAGCCGCAAGCAGCCAAGUCUCUGUUUGGCGCUGCCAGCAGCAACGGCAACAAUGCUCCCUCGGCAACCCCGUCCUUCUCGUUUGGUGCCAGCACCACCCCGGCCCUGAACCCGCCGACGAGCAACCUCUUUGGUGCUUCCGUUCCCAAGCCCCCGUCCAGCAACGGGACAGGUGGCGCCGGCAGCAUCUUCGGGGGUCUCACGGCCGGUGCAAACACUCCGGCCCCGGCAGCCAGCAGCUUCAACUUCAGCUUUGGCAGUGCCGGCGGUAGCAACGGCGGCGGCUCUGCAGGAAGCUCGUUCAGCAACCCGUUUGCCUCCGGCGACAACAAGCCCACGGACGCGUCUGGAUCCGGCUCCGAAGGCAUGUUUAGCUUCGGCAGUGCUCCUGCAAGCCAGCCCGGAGGAACGUUCCAGUUUGGAUCCAACAACGUAGGAAACUCUACACCCACCGGCAACCUCUUCGGCGGCGCGAGCCAGCCCAGCGCGAACGGUGCCGGUCUCUUCGGCGGUGCCGGCGCCACUCCCGCAGCCGGAUCGGCGACCCCCACCUUCAGCUUCGGCGGUGCGCCAUCCCAGACAACCCAGAACGCGGCACCGGUUUUCAACCUCCAACCUCCGAUGGGUGGGCCAUCGACCGGGUCCAACACUCCAUCCAUCCUCGGAGGCAGCUCUAGCCUGGCCACGACACCUGCCCAUGGGUCCCCGGAGCCUCCAUCAACUGCCGCGGCGGCGACGGCAACGACGACGACAGCUAAGGGGGGCGAAGAAGAGGAGGGGGAGAAGCACGAGCAGAUCAACCUGGCAGACAAGGAGGAGGAGGGCGAGGACGUGCUGCACGAAGUGCGGGCCAAGGUGCUGAAGUUCAAGCCGGCUUCCGACGACGACGCGGACAAGCCCAAGUCCAAGAGCCCGUGGUCGACUCAGGGUGUCGGGGCGCUACGCAUCCUCCAGAACAAGGAGACCAAGAUGGUGCGUCUGCUGAUGCGCGCGGAGCCCAGGGGAAACGUGGCCAUCAACCGCGCCCUCAUACCGGACCUGGUAUACAAGGCGGAUGAGAAGUAUGUCAAGGUGGCCACGGCCAACGAGACGGGAGACGGCAUGGAGACCUGGAUGGUGCAGGUCAAAACCAAGGAGUUUGCCAAAGCCUUGGCUGACUCGAUGGAGGAACACAAGUCUGCCAACAAGAAAGAUUAA